UAUUUCUAAAGAAAAGUAUUUCGUCCUCAAAUAUGAUCACACAAUUAACUUAUUAAAAAAGUCGUGUAAACUAAACUUUAUAAUUAAGCAGUGCGAUAUCUUCGAUAAAACGGUAUAUGUUGGCAUGCGGUUUUAAAUUAUUUCUCACUUUGCAUUUUAGAUCGGUCGCGGCAACGUGAUUAAAUAAUUUGCUGAGAAGAAAAUUAGAAAAGAUGACGGUUUUUAAUAAUAAAACAUCGACUUUUCUAAUAAUUGUAAUAGUGUUAAACAUUGCAAAUAGUAUUAUUUUUAAUGGAACGUUAAAUCAGAAAGAGUUUCCACCCGGUUUUCAAUUUGGUGUUGCUACCUCCGCUUAUCAAAUCGAAGGUGGUUGGAAUACGAAUGGAAAAGGUGAAAAUAUUUGGGAUUAUUUAACCCAUAAUUACCCAAAUAAGAUUUCCGACAACAGCAGCGGUGACAUAGCCUGUGAUUCCUACAAUAAAUUCAAAGAAGAUGUUAGAAUGGCUAAAAGUCUCGGAGUUAAUUUUUAUCGUUUCUCAUUAAGUUGGACGAGAAUUUUAUCAAGCGGUUUCCCUAAUUCAUUAAAUCCAGAUGGAAUUCGUUAUUAUAACGAAUUAAUCGACGAAGUUAUCGCGAACGAUAUAACUCCAAUAGUCACGUUAUUCCAUUAUGAUUUACCACAAACAUUCCAAGAACUCGGUGGAUUAUCAAAUAGAAUUUUAGUGGAUUACUUUGUUGAUUUUGCUCGGAUUGUUUUUAGAAAUUUUGGUGAUAGAGUGAAAAUGUGGAUAACUAUAAACGAUCCGUUACUAAUGUGUAGGUAUUGUUAUGGAGGAAUGUUUGGUCUUUUAAGUCCGCCUUUUCCAAACCAAUCGGCUGUGGCAGAUUAUUUAUGCGCAAAAACUUUAAUUCAAUCUCACGUUAAAAUUUAUCACUUGUACAAUGAAGAGUUUAGAAAUUUUCAAGAUGGUCAAAUUGGGUACACUAUUAAUAGUUAUUGGUAUGAACCAAAAAGUAAUAAUCAUGAAGAUAUCGAAGCAGCAGAAAGAAUGUUUGAAUUUUAUACUGGACUUUAUGCUCAACCAAUAUUUGGUGACGGAGAUUGGCCUACAAUAGCUAAAGAAAGAGUUGGAACAAUAAGUAAAUCUCAAAAUUUUUCAAAAUCUCGAUUACCCGAUUUUACAACCCAAGAAAUAACAGAGAACACAAAAUCUGCUGAUUUUUUGGGUUUAAAUUAUUAUUUUGCGACACUCGUUCAACAUAGAAACCCUAAAGUCGAAAAUAUUCCGAUUGAAUACAAUUACGAUGCUGGAAUUUCGUAUCGUGAUGAAGCCGAUGAAGGAUAUGUAGUUGGACCGCAAGGUUUACGUAAAAUAUUAUCAAAACUCAAAGAAAAAUAUGGCGAUAUUCCAAUUUAUAUUACUGAAAAUGGUUUGGGAAAUACAGAUAAAUCGUUAAAGGAUUACGAUAGAGCCAAUUAUUAUUUGACAUAUUUAAGUGCUUGUUUAGAUGCUAUUUAUGAUGAUAAAGUUAAUUUAGUUGGUUAUGCUGCUUGGAGUUUAAUGGAUAACUUCGAAUGGAUGAUGGGAUAUACGACAUAUUUUGGGCUUUACGAUGUUGAUUUUAACGAUCCAAACAGGCCGAGAACUCGAAAGUUAUCUGGAGAUGUUUACGCUGAUGUUGUAAAAAACAAUAAACUACCCGCGAAAUGUUUGGAUGUCCCUGAUAGAUCAUCUUUUACAACCUAUAAUAUUACCCUAAUUGUCGUCUUGUUGUCAUUAUUGUAUGUAAUCUUGAUAUCUAAAUGAUUUUUCUAAAUAACAUUUUCAAAAACUAUUAAAUUAGUAUUCGAGUAUUAAAUACCAUUAUGUAAUUUAUUGUGUUCAAUUGAAAUUAUAGAUAGAUAAUUGCAAUCUUUAAGCAAUAAAAUGAAGUAUAUUUCAAAAA